AUGCGCCUCUCAAGUUCUACUGUACUUGUGCUACCUCUGCCCCUCCUCGGCUGUUUGGCUUUCCCUGCAGGAUCUGGGCAGAAUCUCCUUGAGAGCGAGCGCCGAGAAUCUCUUUCGAGGGUCGAUAGGCCACCCUUUGUAGCAACACGUGCGAUUUCGCCAAGCAUCACAAACAAUUACCUUCCGGUCAUCAAGAGGGAUGGUGUAGAGGUAGUCCAUCUCGAAGGCCGACCUGUGGUCAAGAGAGGCGACGAGGUUCCCCAUCUCGAAGGACGACCUGUGGUUAAGAGAGGCGAAGUUCCCCAUCUCGAAGGCCGACCUGUGGUUAAGAGAGGCGACGAGGUGCCCCAUCUCGAAGGCCGACCUGUGGUCAAGAGAGGCGAGCAGGUUGCCCACGUCGGAGGUGGACCGGUCGACAAACGCAGUCCAUCCAUCCAGCAUGUGCACCAGAUUAUCCCCCCUGGAGAGAUCGCCGGGGAUUAUUAA